GGGAGAACAGAUAAGCUGAGUUUGCCUUGUAGAGAGGGGCAGGGCAGGAGUCACAAUCCUGAACAGACACGAGGUUACUUUCACUGUGCUGGGGCUCUCUUAACAAUCCAGUUGCACGUUUCCACUCCCUCUUUCUCCCUCUCUUGUGCAUUCCUCCAGCAGUCUGAAGCAAGACUUUGAGGAGAAGCGGCUUUCAGCUCAGGAAAGUAAAAAACACAAUAGGACAGCUCAACGAGAACUACAACACGCAGCCAUGAAGGACAAAGUGAGGAGAGGAGGAGGAAGAAAUCAGGCCAAAGCUGAUGUUAUGAGCCUGCCUGGUGGAAAGGAUGCUGCUGGUAUUAACCAACAUGAGGACACAUCAUUCCCUGUGAAGAUCCAGGGAGCAGGAGUAGAGCCAUUUGAGCUGCAGGUCCAUGGAUUUUGGCUUGUUCAAGAUGCAGUAAUGACUCUGCUUUCGAGGGACGAGGUGUGUCCACGUUCAAACUUGUCGCUGGCACUCGCUGGUGUGACUCUGGACCCUCUUGCAGAACUGCAAAGCAUUAAGGGGCUGAAACCAGGAGCCAUCCUUCGCCUGGUGGAAGAACCCUACACUGCCGGCUCAGUCAGGCUCCAUCUGGCUCGUGUGCUGGAGCUGCUGAGAACAUCUGGACCUCAGGACGCACUGAGAGAGGGACGCUCACCAAGCGUACUGGAGACACUCACACAUACACAGACACCAGACUCUAGCUUACCGAAUGGAAAGAGCCUGAAACGCUCUUUAAGCAACACAAAAACAGAAACUACCAACCAGGAUGGAGCUCCACCAGAGUACCUCCUACCUGGUUCCUCAGAGAGACCGCUCAUGGCCCUGCUUCCUCACAGCUCCCAAUCAGAGGCCCCCAGCUACCUGAGGGACUUGUGUCUCAGCUGUUGGAACCCGGCUCCAGGACACAGGAAGCUUCAGGGAGACUUCCUGUACAUCACUGUGGCAUCAAUGGAGGGACGCCGGUGUGACAUCACAUCCUGUCCUAAAGGUUUCUUCCUCAAUAGGUCUACAGAAGAAGUGUUUGAUCCUCGUCCUGCCCAGUCUUCCCCAGUUUAUCACAGUUUCACUGACCUGCUCUGUCACAUCAGCCCUGCCUUCAAACAAACUUUGACCACACUCAAAAAUAGGUCUCAGUUACCUCCAGUGGAGAUGAUGCCCACUCCUUACCACACCCUCAGCUGGCUCGGGCCUCCCUGCGCCUCUCGCACUCAAAAAAACACCUUCAGCAGACUGGGAGUGGACGAACAGCCGGCAACACAGGCUCCAGAUUGGAAUGAGGAGUUGCAAGUUGCCAGAGAUCUUCCACAAGGCAGUCUGGAGGAGAGGCUGCAGAGAGACAGAGCUCUGCUACAGGUAAACAGUGCAUUUAUCAGGGCUGUGACGCAGGGGGCAGAAAUUGUUGUAGAUGGCUUUGUGGAGCCUGUGAAUGGAAACCCUGAGGACCCAGCCUUCCUGUGGGGCGGCCUGUUCAUGAGUCAGGGGGCAGCAAGCGCCAUGUUUGGUGGGGACAGGGGUCGCAGGGCCGCUCAGAGGCUGGAGCUUAAAGGGGUACAGGUCUACGGUGACAUGCAGGGGCUGCAGGACCUGCACACGCUACCUACAGCCAUUGUGGACUACAGAGGAGUGCGUCUCUCCGCUCAGGGUCUUGCCCCUGGGUUGGAAGGCUCAGACCAGGACCAGGCAGCUGCUCCUGCCGAAAGAGGCUUGCUGUACGGGAUAAAUGCAGGGCCCCAAGAGUCCCCCCAACGCAGACGGCUGCUGGAGCUCUUGGCUCAAUCUGCCAAAUGUCUCUACAUCCAGAAACAUGUUGUUGUGUCGCCCAACGAUCACAAGGUACCACUGUUCACCUCGGUGGAUGCUCAGGGACUGCUGGGGGCCGAUGGGAGGUUCUACAUACUGGAUGUGUUCAGGUGCUUCCCAGCUGAUGCCAACUUCUGCCCAGAGGUGGAGACAGAAGGCCAGACAGUCACUGGAGAAGAAGAGAGUAACAAAAGCUGUGGAGAAGACGAGGAGAAGAAGGGUUGUGUAAAAGAAGGCUGGCCAGACAAUUAUCACUCAGACUCAGGGCUUCCACAGAGCUUCCCUCACGGACUCUGUAGACUGAAGCCAGAGCUGGUACGGGCCUUCAUUAAGCACAAACAUUGCCAGUUUACUGAGCGUGUCAAGGAGAUAUUGGACGAAGACGGAGGCUUUGAAGAGUGUGCAAUAGCUGGUGAUUCUCGCUCCACUAAGGCAGUACGAGCUGCUUGCCAAGAAGUGGGCUCAGUCAGCAACAUUAUCUUUGAGAUGCGCUUAAACCCAAGCGUCUUCUCUCCAGAAGUAUCCUUUCCUGCUGGUGAAAGUAAGUCAACAAAGCUGCAGGAGAGGUUACUGAGGGAAGCUGCAGCUUUCAUCAUCACACAUCAGAUACCAGCUUUUGUGGAGUAUUGCCUACAAAGCAAUGAGGCACCAAUGGAUGGAGUUUCUCUAAAACAGGCGCUACACCUGAGAGGCAUCAACCUGCGGUAUCUGGGCCAUGUGAUCACCACCCUCAGCCAGUCAGAACACAAGGAGCGCCUGAGGCAUAUAAUGAGAUCGGUCGUCGGGGACAUUUUCAUCCGCUCAACAAAAAGAGUGUUCAACAGUUUCCUCCAGGGUGUGGACGUGCCUAGUCUCUCUGCAGCUGUCAGUCACUUCCUGUGCUGCCUAUUGGUUCCCCACUUUACACCCACUCCGGUGGGGGAGGAUACGAAGAAGAAGUCAAGGCGGCGUGGUCGAGGGGCCGGGGCUGGGGCCGGGGCUGCGGCUGGGGCCCCUGAGAGCACGCCUUGGAGCACGCUCACGGGGGCUGAGCUGUGGAACCUGAUCUGCCAAGAUGCUGCUGAAACAUAUAACAUCUCUGACAGCCUUGGCUCUGGUCCGAACCACCUGGUUGAGCACUACGGCCUGCAGAAGCUCUCUUUGCUCAGACAGUUCUGUUUAAAGACUGGAGUACAGUUGAGACUGAGAGACUACGUCCUCGACAACCAAAAUAAAGCUCCCAUCGGUCCAGACGACAUCCUCAACAUCUUCCCUGUUGUCAAGCACAUUCACAUGCCAAUUGUGGAUGCUUCAAAAGCCUAUUCUGCUGCACAGAGCUUCAUUCAGAAGGGUCUGCUGGAUCAGGCCCAUGAACACCUGAAAGAAGCAACCUACUUGUUUGGUAGGGUGUGUGAUGACCUGCACCCUGAGGCCUGUUACUGCUACAGCAUGUUGGCCAAGGUGGCCUACGUGCAGGGCAAAGCAGCUGAGGCUCGCAGUGCCCAGCUGAAAGCAGUGGUCAUCAGUGAGAGGGUGCUUGGCUUUGACCAUCCAAACACUAUCCAGCAAUAUGCCCUCUUGAGUGUGUAUGCGUUUGCUGGAGGGGAGACCACCCUGGCCCAGAAGUGUCUCCUCAGAGCUCGUCUGCUGAUGCUAACAGUCCACGGAGAGGACCAUCCCUACACCGCAACACUGGAUAGCUGUCUUGGGUUGAUGCUGCCCGCAGAUCAGAGAGGGCAGUUCUUAAAGAAUGCCCUCAGACUCAACACCUCCUUCUUCGGCCCCUCAAACCUGCACACUGCUCUCAAUCAGCACCUGUUGGCCCACUGGAUGUGCAGCAAGGGUGACUACAGAAAUGCUAUGACCCACGAGAAAGAAGCCGUCACUGCUUUUACCUCCAUGUUUGGAGAAGAUCACCCUCAGACACGCUGCAGCAAAGAGUUUCUGUGCAUUAUAACCAAGCAAGCUGUGAAGGUGGAGCGCUCCCUCAGACAGGCAGGAGCUGAGUGCACGGAGCAGGCAGUGGAGUGUCUAACUUCCACAUCUGACACUGUGCUGGAGCAACUGGUUCUGGUGACCGGGAUCAGGAGCAUUACACAAAGAGACGGGCUCCAGGAGUACAAGAAGAAACACAAUGAACUAAAGGCAGCGGUGAGAAAAGAACUGGGAUUAGUAUCUGACGAGCUCUUCGCCUCAGAGUUUGUGAACGGAGACGAGAAAAGCUCAGAUCAAGAAACAGGAAGCGGGAAGGAAGCUGAGGAUGGAGGAAGCCCAGCAGUGGAGAAUAGCAGCGAGAGCCAACAGGAGCAGCCGGUGGACGAGACCUCGGUGGAGAGUGCUGCCGUAGCUUCAGCUAAUGGUCAUGUGGUGGAGCCAGCUGAGGUAAAAGCAGAUGGAGAUGGAGACAGAGCAGCUUCAGAUGCUGAGGUCAAGAUAGUGAAUGGGGGGUCAGAGGUCAGGGCUGCAGGAGAGGAAACUGAGACCAGUGCACCAAAUGAAGUAAACAGCAACACAGCCAACGGGGAGGUAAAAUCUGAUGACACAGUUGAUGAGAUGAAGUCAGAGUCAGAGGAGGUUAAUGGUGAAAUAAAUGGAGCCUGUGACGUCACUGUAAGCCCAACAGUCCUUAAGAAUAAAGGGACCUGGGCAGAUGUUGUCUCAAAAGCCGGUAAAGCAGGAGACACAGCAGUCAACAGAGUGGCAGACAAUGUCCCUGCUAAUGGAGAAGCUGAAGAGUGAAAACAUAUCAAAACAGGAAAACAGUGUUGUAGUCAAGUUUUUCCAAGUCACUGCUGUAAGAUAAAACUCUCCCAGGAUCCUAGAUGUAGUUUGAUCCAAUAUGAAGCAGGUAACAGAGAGGGAGAUGAUGAGCAUUACUUUGUGCUGGAGAUGUUAUUGCUGAUGGUGGGAGAAGGCUGUACUGUUGUGUGCUACUUUUUUUUUUCAACAAUAAACUUUUUACUCUAG